AUGGCCAACGCAAGGCAUUGGGAACAAGAUAAAGAGGCAACUGUGUACAUCGGAAACCUUGAUGAACGGGUCACAGACAGCCUGGUAUGGGAACUGAUGCUGCAGGUCGGGCGCAUCGUCAACGUUCAUCUGCCAAAAGAUCGAGUCACGCAGUUACACCAAGGAUAUGGAUUUGUUGAAUUCCUCAGCGAGGAAGAUGCCGAAUAUGCGUCAAAGAUCAUGAAUGGGAUCCGUCUCCAUGGCAAACCUAUUCGUGUUAACAAGGCGUCGGCCGAUAAGCAAAAGACUGUGGAAAUUGGCGCAGAGCUGUUCGUGGGUAAUCUUGAUCCUAUGGUUGCCGAGCAGGUUCUCUUCGAUACCUUCAGUCGAUUUGGUAACCUUGUCAAUCCGCCUAAGAUUGCUCGUGAUGACAACAAUCUCUCCAAGGGAUAUGGAUUUGUUUCGUUUGCAGAUUUCGAAUCCUCGGACGCAGCUAUCGCCAACAUGAAUGGCCAGUACCUGAUGAAUAAACAGGUUUCCGUACAGUAUGCAUACAAGAAAGAUGGGAAAGGCGAGAGACAUGGUGAUGAAGCAGAGCGAAUGCUCGCAGCUCAGGCUCGCAAGCAUAAUGUACAGCCAGUGGCUCAGCAACCUCAGCAGUUCCCUGGCGCCCCGGGCGUACCAGCAACGCCUGGCGGUGACUCUCGACCUAUGAGCGCAGCCCCGCCACAAACGCCCGAUCUAGAACGCACCCCCUCCAAUGCCCUAUCAAGCCGCCCCCCUCCAAACCGACAUGUUCCACCUCCCGUCCCUUCACUCAAUACCCCACCUCCCGGGCUCCCCGCCCGACCUCCGCCUUCCCAAGCUGGCUACGGCGGCCCACAGGCCUUUUUACCACCUGGAUUUAAUGGUGCAGGUCAACCGCCCUUCGUCCCACAGGCUGCACCCCCUCUGGGUUUGCGCCGCCUGGAUUUGGACCUUCAGCUGGGGCCCCUUCAUUGCCACCGGGCUUCCAACAGCCGGGAUACGGAGGCGGUCGGUGAUUUGAAGUAA